CUUCCACACCCUCUCAGCACACGCUCGAGUGCGACAAGCCGCUGCAAAGCCAAGGCUGACGUGCCCGCGGAGCGCCCCGACUUCUGUCCUUGCGCACUUCCUCCCGUUACCUCUGCAGAGCCGCCUGAGCCCACCUACACCAACAACUAUUCAUCUCCUGGCGAGGAAAAGGCCAAGCUCAUCUUGCCAACCAGAAGAGAUAAAACCGGUGACUGCCGAGGCACCCCCCUCGCACACCGCGGAGCCAGGCCCAGCCGAGGCGGCUGGGAAGAGGCACCACCUGGGAAGAGGCAGGGCUGAGCCUACUGCCGCCAUCUCCGUUGCACCAGCGAGCCGUCAGUCCGGGUGAAUCCGGGAAGGUGACCACCAGGCCAGCCCAGGUUCCCAGUGUCACCUCUGGCAAAGCGCGCUCAGGCUCUCGGCCUCGUCUGUCGCCUCACCGGCAGCCGAGAGGGCGAUAAACUUUGUUGGAAGGGCUGGAACACGACAUGCCGGGGAGAAGGCGGGCUGCGAAACCCUCUGAAGUGCCCUCAAGCUCCCUUGAUACCCGUCUCAUCCCCUGUUGCCUGGAUGCGGCCGGAGCUUGCCGUUGCCAGCAGCCGCCUGAACCAGCUCUGGGAAAUUCCAUGCCCGGAGACCGCCAGCUGGGGGCCACGCCAGGCCGGGGGGCGGAGGGGCAGGAUUAGGUUUCAGGCCGCCGGGGCGUGCCCGAGCGCGUUUUCCCCGCGGCGCGACUCGGCGCCGUUACUUGGGGGCGGGAAGGGCGAAGGCGGAGAGCGGGGCUGGGCCGCGGGGUCCGCCGAGCCGCCGGGGGAAAUACUGCACUUGCUGCCUCUUAAGCAUCGUGGACAUAGAAGCUGAGGACCAGAAAAAACAUGUUGGAAACAAUUGAUACACAUCGGGCCCUCCAGGCCAUGGAGCGCUUACAGGCAAAACUCCGGGAUCGAGGUGACGUUGCAAAUGAGGAGAAACUGAGCUUAUUAAAGUCAGUGCUGCAAAGUCCUCUCUUUAACCAAAUUCUCAGCCUUCAGACUUCUGUUCAACAACUGAGAGAUCAGGUAAACAUUGCACCUUCUGUACAUUCUACUGGCGAAUUCUCCCAGCUUCUCCAUUAUGGUGUGACAGGGUCUUUGCCACACAAUGAGUCAUAUUUGUUGGCUCAACAGAAUGGCAGCCCAGCUAAUGUUCUAGAAGCAUCAGUGAGAUCUGUUACCCCUCAGAUCAAUGGGAAAUCCUGUAGUGAUGACUUUGAGCAGCUGAUCAAAAAUAUGUCCCAGGGUCGUCUCAUUGAAACUAUUGAGCUUAUUAAACCUGCAGGCGGUGGUCUAGGCUUCAGUGUGGUAGGACUCAAGAGUGAAAAUAGGGGAGAACUUGGAAUAUUUGUGCAAGAAAUCCAGGAAGGAAGCGUGGCACAUAGAGAUGGAAAGCUGAAGGAAGCAGAUCAAAUCCUUGCCAUUAAUGGACAAGCUCUUGAUCAGACAAUUACACAUCAACAGGCUAUCAGCAUUCUACAGAAAGCAAAAGAUAAUGUUCAUCUAGUUGUAGCCAGGGGCACUUCCCCUCAACUCACCAGUCCUGUAGUUUCUCGAUCUCCAUCUGCUGCUAGCACAGUUUCAGCCCAUUCCAACCUGAUUCACUGGCAGCAUGUGGAGACCGUUGAGUUGGUGAACGAUGGCUCAGGUCUUGGAUUUGGGAUAGUGGGAGGAAAGUCAACUGGUGUGAUCGUUAAAACCAUUCUUCCAGGAGGGGUGGCUGAUCAGCAUGGAAGAUUGUGUAGUGGGGACCAUAUACUGAAAAUUGGUGAUACGGACCUAACUGGGAUGAGCAGUGAGCAGGUGGCACAAGUUCUUAGACAGUGUGGAAAUCGAGUGAAACUGGUAAUUGCAAGAGGUCCUGUUGAGGACCCACCACCACCUGCAAUCCCUCCAGAUGCACCAGUACCCAUCUCCACACCACAGAAGCAGGCAGAUACUUCUGUUGAUGGUUAUGAAGAUGGUGAGAAGUUCAAUGUCGAACUAACUAAAAAUAACCAGGGUUUAGGAAUAACUAUUGCUGGUUACAUCGGAGACAAAGCAUCAGAGCCUUCUGGAAUCUUUGUGAAAAGCAUUACAAAAGGCAGUGCUGUUGAACACGAUGGCAGAAUCCAUGUGGGAGAUCAAAUUAUAGUUGUGGAUGGAACAAAUCUUCAAGGUUUUACUAACCAGCAAGCCGUUGAUGUGUUGCGGCACACGGGACAAACAGUUCGGCUCACUUUGAUCAGAAGAGGGCUUAAGCAGGAAAAUCAGAUUCAGCCCCAGGAAUACUUCAGUACUUCUGCUGAAAAGGACUUAGUAUUCCAAACAAUAGAUAGUAGCACAGCUAAAGAUAACAGGGAAACAGAACAGGGAUCUCCAUCAUUGCCAUGUAGUGCCAGCAUGGUAAAUACCGGAGAGAACGUGAAGCAACAAGAAACAGAUUUCCAGUUAAAUACUGCAGAAGAAGCAGCUCCAAAGGCAAAAUGGCAGAGGAUUAUGGGUUCCAAUUAUGAAAUAGUGGUGGCUGUAGUUAACAAAUUUAGUGAAAGCAGCGGGUUAGGGAUAAGCCUUGAGGCUUCAGUGGGACAUCAUUUCAUCAGAUCUAUCUUACCAGAAGGGCCAGUUGGACGAAGUGGCAGGCUGUUCAGUGGAGAUGAGUUGCUGGAAGUGAAUGACAUCUCUUUGCUUGGAGAAAACCACAAGGAUGUCGUCAAUAUCUUGAAAGAACUUCCUAUUAAGGUGACAAUGGUGUGCUGUCGUCCAGUUGCUCCCUCCAUCGCUCAGCCAGAAGUCCUGGAGAGUAUAAGUCUAUCUGAGGUUCAGCUCACAGAAAAGGCUCACAUAGAUCUUGGAUUCAUUGGCUCCUCAGAAAUAGAGGGAACAGCUUUGGAAAUAGCUGAUGAGAGUCAGUGUAUGGAAGAGGUUAAAAGUUCUGCUUUGGCAAUGUGGGAAACAGAAGUACAACACAUUGAUCUAGAGAAAGGGAGUAUGGGACUUGGAUUUAGCAUAUUGGACUACCAGGAUCCUGUUGAUCCAGCAAACACUGUAAUUGUGAUUCGCUCAUUAGUUCCUGGGGGUGUGGCUGAGCAAGAUGGUAGACUUCUUCCUGGAGAUCGUCUUAUGUUUGUCAAUAAUAUUAACUUGGAAAAUGGCAGCCUCGAAGAAGCAGUACAGGCACUGAAAGGAGCCCCAACAGGAACAGUUAAGAUAGGAGUUGCCAAACCACUACCUCUUUCACCAGAGGAGGGCUAUGUCUCUGCUAAGGAAGAUUGCUUUUUCUACACUGCCCAGUCACUUGAGGAGGAGGGGCCAGCUGAUGUACCCCUCUUCCGUGCUGAGCUGGCUCUGGUGGACUCCAGUGAAGCAGAUCUAGCGGAUGAGUCCACCUUUGAAUCACAGUAUUCUCUAGAAGGUGAUGUCUUCCAGGCUUCAAUGAUAGCUCUGCAUGACAGUGCCUGUAGCAGUGAGCUGAACUACACCUAUUCUCUUCCACUGUCAACUCCUAAGUCUGUUGGAGAGGCAUGUUCAAAUGCCACAGCUGAUUUCUCUGUAUCUAACAAGGAUCUGUACAGCAUGGAUCUGAAUCAGACAUUCAGAGAGCAAAACUCUGUAGUGGGUAAUAAUCUGGAAACUACAACUAAUUUUACUAAAAAGGAUCUUCUGCCUCUGGAUGUUUUGGAGGUCAAUCAAAAUGCAAGUGAAAACACUGAUUUGUGGAGUAGAUCUCAGACAACUGCAGAAAUUACACCAGAUACAGACCUUGCUACUACCAUGCAGCUCGAUUCCACUGGAAAAGAUCAAGUGCUUGUAACGGAAAAGAGAUGCCCAGUAUCUUCAGAGGAGAGUUCCACAUCCCCACAAGCAGUUAAAAACAUGUAUGAGAAGACUAUAACUAUUGCAAAAGGCAAUUCAAGUCUAGGGAUGACAGUAAGUUCAAAUAAGGAUGGCUUGGGAAUGAUAGUCCGCAGUGUUAUCCAUGGAGGCUCAAUAAGUCGCGAUGGACGGAUUGGUGUAGGGGACUGCAUCCUGUCCAUUAAUGAAGAGUUGACCACAAACUUAACCAAUGCACAAGCCCGGGCUAUGCUGAGGAGACAUUCACUCAUUGGACCAGAUAUAAAAUCUUCUCCAGCACCUGCUGAUGAUCAGGCCUUCUCUUAUGUUAUUACCUAUGUGCCAGCAGAAAAUUUAGACGAGUACAGGGCCAGUCUGGGACAACAGACAGAGGGAGCUCUGCCACUUGAACUUUUUCCUUCGUGUACUGUUAGCAGGGAACUCCCAGAGCUCCCAGAACGUGAAGAGGGGGAGGGAGAAGAAAGUGAACUUCAAAAUGCAGCUUUCAGUAACUGGAACCAGCCCAGAAAAGUUGAACUCUGGAGAGAGCCUAGCAAAUCACUGGGCAUCAGCAUUGUUGGAGGACGAGGGAUGGGGAGCCGCCUGAGUAAUGGAGAAAUGAUGAGAGGGAUCUUUAUCAAGCACAUCCUGGAAGACAGCCCAGCUGGCAAAAUAGGAACACUGAAGACUGGAGAUCGAAUUGUGGAGGUGGAUGGAAUUGACCUCAGAGAUGCCAGCCAUGAACAAGCUGUGGAAGCCAUACGGAAGGCAGGCAAUCCUGUAGUCUUUAUGGUACAGAGCAUUAUAAGCAGACCAAGGCCAGAGUCUCUUUGUAGCCCUUCUUCAGCUUCUGCUCCCUGUGGGCAGAAAACUACUAACCCAUUUUAUCAUCAGUCUACUAAGAACAGUCUUUUCUAUAGGCCAACUGUCUUCAGCAGCACUAACCCAUUUGCUGAUUGCUCUCAGUUCAACACUAACAAGGAGGUAUCGAAUCCAAUUAGGGUUACCUUCCGUUGUUCCCCAACUAACCCUUUUGCUCCCACACCAUUCAAGGCAUUUGGUCAGUCCGAUUUAGAGCCGGAAAAGACUUCGCUUUGUAAUUUGCCUCUGCCCCCUCCAUCAUCAUUUUCAGGAAUGAGCUGUGAUACUGUGCAGUCAUCUUCUAGCAGAGUAUCAGAGGAUGUGGAGAAGGAAGAUGAGUUUGGCUACAGUUGGAAAAAGAUCGUGCAGCGCUAUGGAAAUCUACCAGGGGAGCUACACAUGAUAGAGCUGGAAAAAGGAAAGACAGGUCUGGGACUUAGUCUUGCUGGAAACAAGGACCGAUCGAGGAUGAGUGUGUUUAUAGUGGGAAUUGAUCCAAAUGGAGCAGCUGGCAAAGAUGGCAGGUUGCAGAUUGCAGAUGAGUUACUAGAGAUAAAUGGGCAAAUACUCUAUGGAAGGACUCACCAGAAUGCUUCCUCCAUAAUCAAAUGUGCACCAUCUAAAGUAAAAAUAAUUUUUAUCAGAAAUAAAGAUGCAGUCAGUCAGAUGGCUGUAUGCCCUGCAAAAUCGGUAGAGGCUUCACAGUGUGCUUCAGGGGCACGUCAACAUCAAGAGAUCGAUAACAGUGAUGCAAACUCCAGUGCUUGUUCUGAUUUCAGUUCACGUAAAAAUAUUCAGUAUGUCGAACUCCCUAAGGAUCAGGGAGGCUUCGGAAUUGCAAUAAGUGAAGAAGACACAGUUAAUGGAGUAGUUGUUAAGAGCUUAACGGAUCAUGGAGCAGCAGCAAAGGAUGGACGAAUCAAAGUUGGAGAUCAGAUCCUGGCAGUGGAUGAUGAAAUUGUUGUGGGAUAUCCGGUAGAAAAGUUUAUUAAUCUCCUAAAGACCUCCAAAACUAUGGUGAGACUUACAGUCAACUCAGCAGAGGUGGAUAGCCCGACUGCAGCACCAGUCCCUUCCAUCACAGCCCCAGCAGAGAGAAGGAAUAUUCAGCCAUCAGUAACUGUCCCCUUUUCCAGCUCACCAGAACCAGAAGCAGUCAAAAGCACAAGCAGAUCUUCAACACCAGCCACCUUAGCCUCUGACCCAGCUACUUGUCCCAUUAUUCCUGGAUGCGAAACAACCAUUGAUAUCUCCAAAGGGCGAACUGGUCUUGGUCUGAGCAUUGUUGGAGGAGCAGACACUUUACUGGGAGCAAUCAUUAUCCAUGAAGUAUAUGAAGAAGGAGCAGCAUCUAAAGAUGGGAGGCUGUGGGCUGGGGAUCAGAUACUAGAGGUGAAUGGAAUUGACCUCAGGAAUGCCACACAUGAUGAAGCAAUAAAUGUCCUCCGACAGACUCCCCAGAAAGUUCGUCUCACUGUGUACAGAGAUGAGGCCCAGUACAAGGAGGAAGACAUGUAUGAUGUACUCAAUAUAGAGCUCCAAAAGAAGCCUGGCAGAGGUCUUGGUCUCAGUAUUGUUGGGAAAAGAAGCGAUACAGGGGUGUUUGUGUCAGACAUCGUUAAAGGAGGAAUAGCAGAUACAGAUGGGAGAUUAAUGCAAGGAGAUCAGAUACUGACAGUGAAUGGAGAAGAUGUUCGACAUGCUAACCAGGAGGCUGUUGCAGCUUUGCUAAAGUGUUCACUAGGUACGGUAAGACUAGAGGUUGGAAGAAUAAAAGCUGGUCCAUUCCACUCCGAGAGGAGAACAUCUCAGAGCAGCCAGGUCAGUGAUGGAAGUGGCAGCCUCUCAUCAUUCAGUUUCCCAGUUUCUGGUUCCAGUGCACCUGGUGUCUUUGAAAGUAGUCUAAAGAGGAACACUGCAACUUCUGAAAUCCAGGGACUAAGAACACUAGAAAUAAAAAAGGGCCCUGCAGAUUCCCUUGGAGUGAGCAUUGCAGGAGGUAUAGGAAGUCCUCUUGGGGAUGUUCCUAUAUUUAUUGCCAUGAUGCAUCCAAAUGGAGUUGCAGCUCAGACUCAGAAACUCAGAGUUGGGGACAGGAUUGUUAGCAUCUGUGGAACAUCUACUGAGGGUAUGACUCACUCCCAAGCUGUUAGUCUCUUAAAAAACGCUUCAGGCACUAUUGAGUUGCAGGUUGUAGCUGGAGGAGAAGUGAGCGUCAUAACUGGUCAGCAUCAGAAUACUCCUACAUCCAAUCUCUCAUUUGCGGGACUAACUUCAACCAGCAUUUUGCAGGAUGACUUAGGAACUCCUCAGUACAAGACCAUUACUCUGGAUAGAGGACCAGAUGGCCUAGGCUUUAGCAUUGUGGGUGGCUACGGUAGUCCCCAUGGAGACUUACCCAUUUAUGUGAAGACGGUAUUUGCAAAGGGUGCAGCAGCAGAAGAUGGACGCCUGAAGAGGGGGGAUCAAAUCAUUGCUGUGAAUGGGCAGAGUUUAGAAGGGGUAACACAUGAGGAAGCAGUUGCUAUUCUAAAACGGACAAAAGGAACAGUCACUUUGACUGUAUUGUCAUGAACUGGCUGCCCAAAAUGGUUGGGUCAAUAGAUUAUAUUUACAUUAUGCAUAGCAAAGAGAAUGGAAAUGUUCGUACAGCCUCCUUGCUCUUACAGCUUCACAGGACUGUGUCACAACAAUGAAGAAAAAUAACAUUUAACCAUAUUUUUGUACAGAGUAGAGCUAUUUCUGUUACUGUCAAACCAUGGGGAUAAAGUUACAUCAGCUGUGGAAAGACAUAGAUAUUUUUUCCUAUUAGUAUUAUAAUAAAUGCUUGUAAGGCACCCACAGUUUAAAAAAAAAAGCUUGCACUGGUAACCACACAAUGUAACUGGAAUGCUUUGCCAAGAGGCUUUUGAUAUUUGACAUAUGUUGGAAAAACGAUGAAGUCACCAAGUCAACAAGGAGAUGGCAUGGGCAGCAGUAGUCAGAAAACAGAAAUGAGGUUACUGAAGAAAGGAAGUAUUGAUAAGAGAUGGAAUUUUGAGGAAAGAAGGAAAAAUAUGUAACCUGGAGGCAGAUGAUUAACGUACUAGAUGGUUAUUUGUAUUAUUUCACAAUGCCCAAGUAGAAAGAGCUGUGUGGAUUACUAUUAUGGGGAUUUUUGCUUCUCUCUUUAUAUAAAUUACCUAAAUCUUGAUGUAUUAAAAAAAAAAAGAAAAAAAAAAGAAAACUGUUUCAGUUUGGCUUAGGUGUGAGGGAGUAGAGGUCGGUUCUUUUAGAGAAAGAAGGUGAGUGUUUUUGAUUUGAAAGGAGAGGACUUGUGAUCAGGGCUGGAGAAUGCAUUUGCAAGUGGAAACUACUCCUCAUAAAUGAGAGUGCCUAGCAACUGCAGUGUUAGAAGAACUAGACUUCUAUAAUAGUAGUGCUUUUCAGACUUUGUGGAUGUGAAAGCAGCCUUCUCAAUAUGAACUAUGUGUAAGCGAAGGUUGUCCUCCUCCAGUGUGCAAGAUUAACUACAGGCUCAGUGUAGAUGUUUCUGUGAGCUGCUUGAAUCAGAACCAUGACAAACCACUCAGGGCAAGUUUACUUUGUUACAGGUAGAGGUGUGAAUAGUGGUUAAGCCAAGGUGGAAGAAGUUGAUGUUACAGUGUUGCUGUCAUUAUCCGUAGCAGCAAAGAUCCUUCUUGAACUGAAGAGACCUAGAACCAGAAAUUGAAUUGGGUAAGAGGCUGAAAAUCCCUCUUGAUGGAGGUACGUAUCAAGACAGCCGUGGACGUCUUUCUACACCAGAAUUAAGGAGAAGAUUUGAGGGCUACAGCUAUUUUUUUGGGAUAUGUAGUUUCAGAGGCAUAAAUAGAAGACAAUAAGCAUGAUGCAAAUAUUUGGGCUGCAGCAUGGUCAAUAAAUAUAUCAACAUCUUCAGUUUCCUGAGCUGAAAUUCUCACUAAAGUUUAUCCAAGACCCACACUCACUAAAACUCUUAGCUGAUUGUAGUCUGCCCUUUGCAACUGCUUCUCCAAACUAGCUCUUAAGAAUCUGGCAGAUAAAGAACACUGCUCAUGAUUUACCUUCCUGCAGAAAAGUUUGACCACAUGUUUUGAGUAAGAAAGAUACCUAGUUAAUUAGCAUGCUAAUCAGAAGCGUUGUGUUGAUUAGCAAAAAAACUUGUAGCAAGGAGGCCACCAUGUCAGUUGUUACUGAAGAGAAAUCUUAACUGAAAAUGCAGCCCCUGGUCAAUUAGGGGAAGAUCCAAAAGACUAGCAUUUGUUUCAGCAGGACAUAAAACCCGGUAUUAGGAAUAUCUGUGAAAUAGCAGUAGCAAACUGAUAGCUAUGUUUAAGUGGAUUAAUUAAAAAAAAACACAAAAACACCUUCUUUGUCUCUCUAACUAUUCUAGAAGUUACACUGUGGUAGACUAAGAUGAGAGAAAACAGAUGGUACCAUUACUGGAUGCUGUCACUGAACUGCUCUUCUAUACCUGUUCUUUGGUUAGAGUGAGAAAUGCCUACAUUAGAGUAUGAAAAGUAAUUUUACAUAGUACUUACAUUUAUAAGAGAAGUAGUAUACAGCUAUUUUGUUAUUGCUGUGACUGAAUGGAAGAUUUCAGUGAAUAAAUUCCAGACUGUCAGUGAAGAAGAAAUAAAAUUGCAGAUCUGUUUCUGGUUUCUUUACAAUGUCAUGCUUGCGUUGUUUAUUCUGUUGUAAAAGAUCAAUUUAAACCAAUGUAAUUUUAAAAGAAGUGUCACUCUUUGUGUGUACUUUGAAGCAUCUGCUAAAAAUUGCUCUAUUUGGAUUUUAAGAUUUUGAAUUUGCUUGUAAACUCUUAGCAAAUCCACGAGAUCAGAUACUAAAACUAUCUAGAAACUGUGUUUUGAAGCAGACAUUAUUAGUCAUUGUUCUACCUGUUUAAAAAGCAUUCCUUCAAGCAUUGGACUUGCUGUGAUGGAUCAAACCAAGGAGCCAUGUAGCCUGGGGGUUUGGUUUUGGCUGUGACCUUUGGGGCUGCUUUAGAGCACAGGAUCUCCCCUGAGCACUGCACUACUGCAUGACUACUGCUUAGUGGCUGCCAUGCACUGUACCAUGAGAUAUAAUAAAUUCACAGACUUCAAA